AUGCCACAAGUCGUCGAACUUGUUUGGUUUCAUAUGAAACCGGAUGAGUCUGAGAAGAAGAUCGGUCAGGUUCUCGAGUGCAUCAGAGGCAAAUUGCUGUCGACACUUGGGCUCGAGGCCCUGUAUUAUGGCAUUGGUACCACGAUACCACAAGGCUUCGUGGGAAUGAACAUUGUGAAGAUUUGGUCUUCAGCAGACGCUCAACGCGCCUAUUUCGAGUCACCCAACGAUUAUGAAUAUGAAAUAGCCAAGGAAAUUAUCGAUGCUUCCGAUCCAUCGCGGCAGCCCAACAGUGUGUCGUUUAUUCCGGAAUCUUGCGACCACCUAUUUCGGGCCCUUGCUAGUGACGUCACGCUCCUUUCGUGCAUCUGGCUUCCUGCUGCCGCAGACAAGACAGCCUUCCAAGCACAUCGGAUGGAAGUACUGGGCGACGAUGUCGAUCUUGAGAACUUUGGCACCUCCGCGGUGAGUGCGUGGUCGGUGCCGGAUUCCAUGCACCCUCUGAUCGGAGAAACGGAUGGGUUCUUGACCUUUUAUGCAUCUGCGAAUGUGAAGGAUGCCGAGGCUAUCGCGUCGAAGGAUAAGCAGAUUUUGUCUCGACUGGAGAUGUUCUCACAGGUGUAUGAUCAACAGUAUGCAUGCUUCUCGAAGAUGAUGUAA